GCUGUAAAAACUUUUUCAUUUGCAUUAUUGUUCUUCUGAUCAUUGUUUAUAUUUCUCAGGCUAUGGCAUAUCUGGAAGAGAGGAGAUUGGUUCAUCGUGAUUUGGCUCUGAGGAACGUCUUGUUGCAAACCCCAGGAUGUGUGAAAAUAACUGAUUUUGGACUAGCGAAGCUUUUGGAUGUUAAUGAAGAAGAAUUUAAUGCUGCUGGUGAAAAAGUGCCAAUCAAGUGGUUAGCUUUAGAAUGUAUUCAACAGCGAAUAUUUUCUCACAAAAGUGAUGUGUGGGCAUUCGGUGUUACAGUAUGGGAACUGUUAACAUUUGGCGGUCGGCCUUAUGAGAAUGUUACAUCCCGUGAUGUUCCCGAUUUACUGGAGAAAGGAGAAAGGCUGCCACAGCCCAGUAUAUGUACGAUUGAUGUCUACUUGAUGUUGAUAAAGUGCUGGCUACUAGAUGCUGAAUCUCGGCCUUCCUUCAAAGAACUAGCUGAGGAGUUUGCUAAGAUGGCACAAGAUCCUGGACGAUACCUGUACGUAGCUGGGGAUAAACUGAGGAAAGUUCCAAGCUAUAUCCCCCAGGAUCAGGGGACGGUAUCCUCUGAAAUGAGUAGGAAGUUUGGUGUAGAAGAUCAAGAUUUUGAUAGUAAUCCAGAGGACAACCUAAUUAUACCUAUGGUUAUAGCGAAGAGACCAGACAGAAUGUGUCGAAACUUGGAAGCAGCUUGUCCAAACUAUCGUGCAAGAAAAAAUAGUGAUCGGUACUGUUCAGAUCCUCUCAAAGUUCUUCAAAAAGAUCAAGAGAAGAUUGUGGAAACCAAGAACACUUCAUUAAAAGACGACAUUCUCCAGCCAGUAGAUGAGGAGGAUUAUUUGAUACCUUCACCUCAGCCGUGCAGUCAAUCACCUGUUUAUAUGGAUCUUAUUGGAGACACUAACUUAUCAGGUCGUGGAGCUACAAGUUCGCAGUGUUAUUCUCCCCGCAUGCCAGAAGACAAAGUGGAUAAACUGAUGAAAAAAAAUCGUGAUUACAUCAACAUACGAACAGUGUCGCAGAAAAAUAAAGACAAUGAGGAAGACACUGAUGAUCAAGAGGGUUUUACCCAUUUUGAUCAACUGACACAAGAGCUUCAACCUUUGAAUCACAGAGAAGCAAGACAAUAGUCUGAACCUUUUUGAUGUGACCACCGACAUUUUAUAAUAGUUCAAGUUCUUGCCAAAUCUUUUAUAAAUCAUGUGAUCUAUAGUACAGUAGCUACUGCGGUCUGCAGAGAAGUCGAACAUUUAUGUACCAGUUUCAUGUUUGAAAAUGUGGUUUUUUUUACAGCAUGCAUUAAAAAAUAAGCUAUAUAAGACCAUGAAACUCAAACCUUCAAGUGUUACAGGCAUCAGGGUAUUUAUGCAUAGUUAAUGUGUCUUUAAUUUCAAUAUAUGUACAUUCUUUAAUUCUGUGCUCUUACGAGAGUUUUUGUUUCACCUGUUUCUGUUGUACUUGUGUUUAUUUGUAAAAGGUACAUCCGGCUUUAAAAUAUGCAGGUACGGGAUGUUUGGCCAAAUGUAUUUCAAGUACUAAUUUACAACAUGUGGUUGAGUAAGUGACUAUUCACACCUCAUCUGUAUGUAGAGAAAACAGGUGUUGUAACAUUUACAGUGUUUAUCUUUUGAAAAAAAAAUUACAAAAAAAAUAUGCAUGUCUUGCAAAAUUAUAACUUUUUGGGUGUUUUUAAUUGCAACAACUUAAAUUUUUUUAUCAGUUUUGAUUUUAUGUGAUUGUAAUUAGAAGUAUUUUGAUUACAGAUUGUUGUUUUUCAACUUCUUGUUGCUGCUUUCUUUAUAUUUGAAGUUCAACUGUAUUCAGCCACCUUGCACUUGUGAAUCUUAUUGAUAAAAUUCACAGAAAAUAUUACAAUUAGCUCAAUGGGAUUUUAAAUCAGAUUAAUGGGAACAUCUCUGUAAAACCCACAAUUGUUGAAAAUUUCUGUUGUCAUGCGUAACAUACAGUUAAUGAUUCAUAAAUUAUAGAAGUUUAGGCUAAGUAACACCAGGGGGUAUAACAUGUCUUCUAUACAACUAAUGAAAAAUUACAGUAGUUUAGGCUAAGUAACACCAGGGGUAUGACAUGCCUUCUAUUCAACUAAUGAAAAAACAUGGUAGUUUAGGUAAAGUAACACCAGGGGUAUGACAUGCCUUCUAUACAACUAAUGAAAAAUUACAGAAGUUUAGGCUAAGUAACACCAGGGGGUAUAACAUGUCUUCUAUACAACUAAUGAAAAAUUACAGUAGUUUAGGCUAAGUAACACCAGGGAUAUGACAUGCCUUCUAUUCAACUAACGAAAAACAUGGUAGUUUAGGCAAAGUAACACCAGGGGUAUGACAUGCCUUCUAUUCAACUAAUGAAAAAACAUGGUAGUUUAGGCAAAGUAACACCAGGGGUAUGACAUGCCUUUCAGAUAUUACUGAUAACUAUUCUCCUUAUCAAAACACUACAUUAUUAUCAAAAGUUUUUUGUUUUCAUUAUUCUGUCACUUAACAGUUUUUUUAGAUCAUAUUUUAUUCUCCAAUAAAGAAAUGAACUGAUGCAGA